CAUGUUGGUUGUUGUGGUUAUUAUGACGCCAUCUGCGACUCACAAGUUUCCGGUGUGAGCACUCGGAAGAUGGGAGUGGGAGCUGGUAAGACGUCUGUCAUUGGUGUCGACGCCAAUCCACGAGUUUCGUAUUACGACCAUUUAUCCAAGCAGGAAAAUAAGAAUUUAAGGAUAGACGCCCCAGUGCUGGUAGACCUUCAGCAUGGUUCCAUACGUUACAGACAACACAGCAGUCAAGUGACAGAAUCACAGAAUCCUGAGGUGCCUUAUGAAGGCACACAGCUGAACCAAAAAGAUCACUACUUUUACCACACUCGCCUUCGAUCAUUUGGACCAGGUCUGGACAAGUCACAGGAGGAUGCGUUCAAGUUUUACUACGUAACUAAGGGUCCUCUGCGAGCACAAGGCAAAAAGCUUUACUAUGUGUAUGGUCAGGGAUGGGAUGCCCAAGAUGGAGUGAGAGUCAAACCCACCCUAACAGAAAAACAGGGCACAGAUUUUGCAUGGCCUAAAAAGCGACAAACAAAUGACCUGUAUUAUGACAUACAGAUUGUUAGUCAGGAAGUUCAAGAUAACAAUGCUGAUGACGAGGAGACUUGCUUGCUGGAAAAUAUUGAAUCCACUCCAGAUAUAUCACAUCUUAGAUUAAAAGUCAAAUCAGAGGACUGUGUAUCUUCUCUCAAAGCCAUAGUGGCUGUCAAGUUACUGAAAGCUGCUGCCAAUAUCCAUGUCUGUCACAAUGACAAGGAGCUCAGAAAUGAACACGUGCUCGGUGACUUAAGGCCCCAGGAACAGAGAACUCAAGCACUUCUUGUUUUGCAACUUACGCUGAUCUAGCAGUGUCAUUUAGAGACCUGGUGUCUGUCAAUAACUGAAGGUCAUGCUGCUGGUCAUCCUUCAACCAAAGGAUUUUGUCCAAAAUUUUGUAAAUGAAAGACGCUUGCAGAAAGAGACAAGUGAUACGAUUUCAUGAUACCAAAUCUAUUAAAAACGCUUCUUUGUGCACUAGAUUUUUCCGUAUGGAAUGUCUUCACAUCUUAAGGACUUCUUAACUAACACUAGUUGGCCAUCAUUGCAAAGCUAUAGUUUGGUCAAGCAUGUUUGACAUGCAUGCAAGACCAGCUAAUUCCAUUAGUGUCAAAGAUGUGCCUUAAAAGCUGUCAUUCAUGAUAAAUUUGGCUAAGCCAGCUGUCAUCAGUACAUCGAUGCUGACACUGAUAAUCAUAUAGAAGAUUUAUCAGAUAUAGCUGAUAAUACUUUGAUAAACCAAGUACGUGUCUCUUCUGAGGUUGUAUUUUAAAAUAUUGUGCCUAAAAUGUGUGGUCUUUCUGCAUGCAAAAUCUAAGCAGCAAGUGUGCAACCAGAAAAGAGGGGAAGCAACUUAUAUUAAAAAAAUAUAGUGAAGUACACAAUUACUGCCCUUUGACUCACUUUCCUCGUUGAAGCACUUGAUAUUUUAGAAUUUAGAGGCUUUUGGAACACAACCUGUCCCUCGGGAACAGGAACAGGCUUGUUAAUACCUGUUCCAAGAUCACCAGAACAAAGCAGAAGGACUUAGCAAUCUAAAGUAAUUAGCAAAUUCUUAGGAAAGCAUGCUGAAUCCUUCCUACUCUAAUCAUGUGUCGGAAAGAUGCCUGUCUGCGGGACGAAUCAUUCCGGCCAGUCGGCAACUCGUUCAUUCCACAUGCCACACACUUGAUUAAUUCUUCUAGCCAUGAUGUUAUGUCUGUCUGAUGUGUAACAACUCUACCUUCUGUUUCUGUGUGCGCACGCAUGUAUAUACAUGUACGUAACUUUAUUUAAUGUAUAUAUAUAUAUCUGUACUCAGCUAUGAUAAGUUGCUCGCGCAUGAGCACCUAUACAUAUUACCUGUCAUUGCCCCUACUGGUCAAUAAAUUUGUAUGA